GUGACCCUGAGAAACUCCCAACACACCCACAUAAACAAAUGUUGGCCUAGCUAUUGUUGCCAUGUUGGGACAUUGCCACUUCAGCCAGGACCAGUGACACUGACAGCUUUAAAUCAUGGGCCAGUCUUUGCCGAAACAUUCCGCAGCCCAGCUGUUCCCUGGAGACAUUGUGGAGUAUCCGAGGAACAGGUACUUCUCCCAUUUUGCCAUCUACUAUGGGGAGAGGGAUGGCGUCCGCUACGUGGCUCACCUGACAUCUCGAGAUUCUGACUCCAAGAUUCCCCUCUAUGGCCGAGCGCUACGUUCAGAAGUGAAAUUAGAUCCGAUUGAGUUGCUGGGGAAGAAGUACAAGGUGAACAACAUGCUUGACGGUUGCUACCCGGCCAGAGAUUUCUACAAUGUCGUGAAGCGGGCUAUUGAUGACAUGAUGGGACAAGAAGUGACCUUUGACAUUUUGUUCCACAACAGUGAACACCAGGCGACACUCUUUAGAUACGGAGUGAAAAAGUCAGAGCAGAUUGAGAAAAUCUACAAGUACAUCAUGCCGGCUUGGGAGAAGCUGUUUGAGGAGAAGAAGUUGUGAAAAUGUUUCCAAUGUAGUUUUUCAUCUCGUCUAUAUUAACAAGAUUAGAAAUUUAGCAAUCACAAAGAAGGCAAAUUCAUCUGAGCAUCUUGAUUACUACUUUUAAAAUCAAUAAAUAUAUUGUGUAUUUUUUGGCACUCCCC